AUGGCAGCAGAGGAGGCGGAUGUAUGGUGCCGGCGAGUGAGGAGGGUGACGGCAGGUGGUUGCCCUGGAGCCUGGCUCAGCCCCCCGGACCUGCAGCAGCAGCAGCAGCGAGGGCAGCUGCAGUCAGAUGUCCUCGCGCUGCAUCCUGCCCUGCUCCAGCAAGCGCCUGCGAGGAGCCAGCCAGGGCCAGGUGAAGGAAGUGCCAAGGGCAGUUCCGGCGUCUCUCCUGCUCCAGCCCCUGGGACGGAUGGCAAGACCCUGACCGGGGAUUUUUCAAGGCCCUGCUCUCUGCCUCUGGAGGAUGGCCAGCACCGGGAUCUGCGUUACAUCAGCCCCGCCACAGUGGCUUCCCUGCUGUGUGGCCAGUUGGCUGGGGUGGUGGAGGAGUACGUGGUGGUGGACUGUCGCUAUCCCUAUGAAUACGCUGGGGGACACAUAAAGGGUGCCCUGAAUCUGUACCGAGAAGAGCAGCUGGCGAGAUGGUUCCUGCCGGAUCCCUUGGGCACGACCCUGUGCCCCCGCAGCAGUGUCCUGAUCUUCCACUGCGAGUUCUCCUCUGAGAGAGGCCCCCAAUUGUGCCGCAGCCUGAGGAGAAUGGACCGAGAUGCCAAUCGGUACCCAGAGCUCUGGUACCCAGAGCUGUAUGUGCUACGUGGUGGCUACAAGGAGUUUUACCAGCACUUCCAGGAUCUCUGCGAGCCGCAGGGCUAUAUCCACAUGCGACACAAGGACUUCCGAGCCGAGCUUAGGAACUACCAGCGGAGGAAACAGCCUUGGAGCCUGCGCAGGAUCCGCAAGGAGCUUUUCAAGCCCCUGUCCCAGGGACUCCCUUCCCAUAGCAAUAUCCCUGACUCACAGCGAGGUACCCACUAGCCUCACUCCUUGCCUCUGAAAUGGAGCUGCUCCUUUCCCAUUUGGCAAGUCAGACCUUCCCCUGCUGGCUGCCCCUGGAGCUCCAGCAUCCCAGCUGUAGUUUAAAUCUCUAGCCUUUAUGGCUGCAAAGAAAACCUUCAAAUAUGGCUCUGUCAAUGACCUUGAUGCAGUGACGUCUUCCUGAAUCUGCAGGCAGCCUGAAAUGAUAGCUCUGUGAGGUUGAACUGCUCCAUUCAGCUCGCUGGAUGUUGACUUGAUGUCAGCGUUGUUCAGUUUUUCAUUUCGGACGCAGAGACACAGGACGGGGAGGAGCCAUAAUUUCAUGGAGACCUGUGCAAUUUGCCUUUAUUGGUGUCACAUUUUAGUGCCUCAAAAGGGUGGAGUUUGGACUGUGGGUGGAGUUUGAGUGCACAUCACUCCUUCCCCUCCAACUGACCUCAGCCCCUGCCCCAGGGCAGUGAUUGACAGGCACUU